AUGGGGAAAGAUGCCCUUGAAGAACGGACGUCUUUUGCUCGCAGGAGCAUACACCACGAAGGCGGUAUCCAAUUACAUGUACACGGAAAGUACAAGCCAUUCAACGUUCCCUGCUUCACCGACAAACCAGAGGUCCUCGAGACAAACGCGGAAGGCACGAUCGACGAGCUUGAAUACACUAAGCAGGGCAUGAUUCUCACCGCUGUCGUUAUGGCCCGAGAAACGUCGCUCAAAUUCACCACACUAUAUGAGCAGGCUAAAGCCGAGCUCUUGAUAUUCGCGCCUACUCACACCCAACACGCAGACUUCAUCGAAACCAUCAAGUACGUUAUCCAAACUCAACCUCAUGAGGAGGCACUGCAGAUUGUCGUGCGAAUGAUCAAGCCGCGCUACGAGGUAGACGCUGCUCUGGGAAAGAGACUCUCGAUCAUCCUAAGGAAUUAUUCGAGAAUUGCUUGCGUUCUUCUAGAGGAAGCCCCAGAAAGCAGCCUUACUCAUCAGAGGGAUAAGACCGAACCCGGCCAACUUGGAGUAGGCUACGGCCAGCCCCCCGCAGCUCCUGUCAUGGGUUCCACGCGGAGCACACCGCUGCAAGUUGUGAGCGCGACUUCUGCGAAGCGCAAGGGGGCCGAUGGCGAGAUGCCCGUGACUAAGCGCCUCAGAAAGAGCAUCAAAUAG